CUUUGGCUCCCUGGCACUGGCCUGCACCUUCCUCGUGGGUCUCGCGCGUGCAAGUACAGUGGUUAUCGGGUUUUAAGGUUGCGCCUGCCUCCUGUUUCCGCCGCGUUUGACGGAUUGGCUGCUAAACGAUCGACAAACACUACCACAGAAGAUUCAAUUGCCACCCAGUACUACAACAAGAGUCGCCUUUAUCGCCCAAGAUGCUGGAGAAGCAGCAGCAGCAUGCGCUGCGGGACGAGGGCAGAGACGCUGUGCCGAGGCUACCUGUCUCCCUGUCGGGUGAGAUUAACGCUGCUACACGAUCUCUCCACACAAACCUUAACCGUCUCAUAACCUCGCGCCUUCCGCUUGCGCUCCCGCCGUACACUUCCGACCCCACAUUCUACGCAACUGGCCUGCUACACUUUGCGCACAUCUUCCUGACUUUUGAGUCACUGUGGGCUGAUCUGUUGCGCGACCAUGCUCCAAUCUCGCAUACCGCCUCCCCGCACCCCGCAGUCGACCCCGAGACCGCCUCUCCGCCAUUCUCGCCACUGCUCUCGUAUCUCCUCGUAAACCCAUACGACUCACCUUCACUCUUUACAUCAACCUUGGGUGCGCCGACUGCGCCUUCUCCACAACUUGCUGCCUUUCUGCAAGCGCUGCGACCGCGAGGGUUGAUCCGAUCAUCACGGCUAAAGAGAGAUCUCGAGUAUCUCCUAGGCGUCCACCCCACGGACCUCGAGGUCUUGCUAGCCAAAUAUCCCGGAGACAAGGUCGCCGACUUCUGCACGCACAUCCGAAAGAGCGUCAACGAGAAGCCUUGGACACUCGUCAGCUAUGCCUGGUGUUUCUACAUGGCCGUCUUCUCUGGAGGUCGCUGGAUACGAAGCGUGCUCUACAAUGCACCACCAGGCUUCUGGCCCGAACAAGAUAAUGAGCGCACGACAUUAGAAGAACGCGGCUUGUCAUUCUGGCAUUUUUUCGGUCCCCAUGAUGGAGAGGAUAUCAAGGCAGAAUUCAAGUCGCAAUUACUCGCUGCAGAGACUCUCUUUACACCGGACGAGCGCGUCGACAUCAUUGAGGAAGCAAAGAAUAUCUUCCGCCUCUGCGCUACGCUGGUAGAUGAGCUGGAUGAGUCGAUCGGCACCGAUAUGGCGCAGUUUGUUGCGACACCCGCAGUUCAUCCUGAGCCCAAGGCUUCGACCGAGAAAGCGAUCCUCAUCGAUACCAACGUCACAGUUGUCGAAAACAUGACCAAGUCCAAUGACCCGUUCAAGACAUUUCUCAGGAGGCCAGAAGUCACGGGUACCCUUGUCGCUAUUGGCUGCCUAGCCGUGGUCACGCUGUUCAAGUUGCAGUGAGACAAGACGACAUGCGUCUGACAUAACGCCUGUUUCUCUUUUUGUUUUCAUCACAUGCUCAUGAGCUUUGCUUUCCAUGAUUAGCGCUAAUGUCUUCAACUGACACGGUGCGGUCUCUGACGGGCAGUAAUGACGCGUCACGACUGCUUCUGCUUCUAUUUCUCUCUUCUUAGCAUACGGCAUUCUUUGGAGUUCAGUUAUCUUUGGCGGGCCAGGAUCAGCCUGUCAUUCGGUGGAGUUCUCUCCUACUUUACUUUAUUCGGCGGUUUACUUGAGGU